AUGUUUAGACACUAUAUUGAAAAUUCUGAAACCAAAGACUACGCCGAAAUCCAAGAGCGCACGAAGAGUUCUAAGCCAAAAGUGGAAAUGGAAGGUUUCGAGGCAAAAAAGAAAGAAUGGGAGAAUAAGUCGGCCAAAAUGAAAGGACAUAUCAAAUCUUUGGAAAAAAAAUUGGAGGCGAGCAAUGAUUUUCGCUUCAAAAUCACGGAAGAGAUGGAAACACUACUAGAAGAAGAUGUCAGUCCCAACCAGACGAUGUGCCUCGAAAUGCCCCGACAAACUUCUGAGUACCAUAAGGAGUUGGGGAAGAAAGUGAGAUCCAAUUUCGAGCACAUGAGAAAUGCGAAUCGCGGACUACAAAUGAGCCUCGAGGAGCUGGUGCAAAAUGAGGAAAAAUUUAGAUCCGAAAAUGCUGAAAUCUGUAAGAAGUUUUGGGACCAAACAGCUCAAGUGGACACACUGAUCAAGAUGUUGGAAGAUAAAAGCAACCGUUCGGAUCAUUGGAGAUGGCAUGGUUAUUCAAGAGCAACAACGAUACAUCCAAAAUCUUGGUAA